ACCUCCAGCCAUCAGCUGUGAAAUCCAACAACACCAACAACAAAAGCAUCUUAGUACUCCGAGAAUCAACUAAUGAUGCGGCAACGCAACAAAAUAAUUUCGGCGCUGGUGUCCCUGAUCUUCCUGUCGACACUAAUGGCGACGGCGACUGAGAUAAUAUGGUCUCCAUGGGGCCCCAAAACGAAGGUGAUGAUCACCAACGAGGUGGGCGGAGGGCGACAGCUGACAGUGCACUGCAGCAGCUUCUUCGUUGAUAACGAAGAUCUCGGGGUUCAUGUGGUGAACCCGCAUGACAGCUACCGAUUCAAGUUCUGGAUAAAGGCGAGCCCCCCUUGGUUCUACUGCAGCAUGGAUUGGGGAGCCGUCGGAGGGCCUCGCUGGUUCGAUAUCUACGAUCCGCUAAGGGACGCAGACCGGUGCCGGUCGCCGGCGUGGUGCCAGUGGAUCGUCAAGGAGAGCGGGCCGUGUACGAGCAUGUUUGGUGUUCAGCGCUGUUAUCCGUGGAAGAAGUAGAUAUGCUUUUUUUUUUCUCUUUCUCUCUUCUUUUGCAAUAAGAAAACUAUGUCUAUGUGCAUCCAUGCAUGACACAUGCAUAUUUUGGAGUUUGCGAAAUAGGUUGUUGGAGAGUUAUGAAGUGGUUAAUUAGUUUUUUUUUUUUUUUUGUGUUUGGAAAUUGCGGUCAGAGAAUUGAAUGCUAGCUUCAAUGUUUGAUCUACUGACUAGCUAAUUUUAGUGAUUUAGCUCAUUGUGUUUGUCAAAUGGGAUUUAAGUGUAAACUGUUACGCAGAGUCUCGCAAGUCCUGCGUGGUCGGAAUACAGUCGAUUUACAUGU